UCUUCCAUGGACAAGGAUGGCCUGAAAUCAUGUGAAGCUUCGUACCGAUUGAUUAGCGUUUUGUCUUACCUGUUAACUUAUCUAAGCAGGUCGUUGUAGUGUGGGCCUAUGCAUGUGCUUGUGGUACAGAUUAUAUGUAAUAUGUUGCUGCUGGCACGUUACCAUCGGAUUGUGGGAUCUUUGGGCAAUCCAGACAGCACUUGAGAAGUGCCAUGGCUCCUACGUCGUUUCGGGGGCGGCGGCUUCGGUCAUCACUGCUUCCUCCUGCGCUGUUUGGCCUAGUCGACCUCCCCAUCCCUCUGCAUCCUCAAUUCUCUCGCUCGCUACCGAGCCCUUCGUCCCCCACUCCAUCAGAAAUCCAUUUAUCCCCUUCUUGCACCCCUAGACCCAGGAAAUCUUUGGCAGUUUUCAUUAGUCAACGGACAAUUCGCCGGUGUCUUGUGACUGAUCAAUUUCGGUGGGUCGACCGUCUGGGCCUUAUUAGGUCCGGAUGUGUUGGGCCCUCCCUAAUGAGGAUGUAAAAAAACAAGAAAAACUCGAUGAAGCCGCCUACCCUAAAUAGCGAGGCCAAUUCUUGUUGUUCUUCAGCCGACCACCGCCUUCUUCCCCAUGAUCUCCGGCGUUGGCGAAUCGAGGGCUGUCAGCUUCGGCACUGGUUAGCAUCAGCACUGGCUACAACGAACAUUUCCACUCUCUCGUCCUGGCCGUCUUUCUUCCCCGGCUCCAGCGAGAGGCCAAAACAUACGCCCCUCUCUCUCCGCGUUUAUCAUCGGUCCACAUUGUGUAAAUAGUUGAAAGAAAGAUGGCUUUAGCUGGAGUUUUGCGGAACGGCAUUCGCCCCUUGCCAGUUCGAUGUUUCCUACGGCUUUCACUCCCACUAUCUGGAAAGGUAUUCACUCCUUUCCCUGUUGCUCCUACCGGCGGAAUUCGCCCAACAUUUUUCUCCGAUGUGCACCGGGGUUUGUCUUUGGAAAGAUUUUUUUCGACUUGUACAGCAGGUGCAGUUUUUAGCAGCUUGACUGAUUACCGGUUCCCGAAGAGAAGGCCGGGAACAAAGCCUCGACGGAAAAGAAGCGGCCUCAGACCUCCAGGCCCUUAUGCUUGGGUUCAGUAUGUUCCCGGAGAACCAAUACCUAGAAGUCGACCCAAUGAAGGAAGCAUUCAGGGAAGGAAGCAAAAGAAGCGCAUCAAGCAAAGGAAGGCAUUUAUAUUGUCUGAGAAAAAGAAACGCAAAGCUCAGUGGGCAGAGGCUAGGAAGAAGAGGGACAUGAAGAGGAUUGGGAGGAAGAUGGCUGCAGUGGCAAGGGAGAAGGCUUGGGCUCAAAGGUUGAUAGAAUUGCUGCAGCUUGAAGAAGCAAAAAGACCAAUGGCUGGAUAACAACUUGCCUUUGGAGCCUGACUUUGAUAAGAGAGGUGCUCGUCAGGUUGGUAUUUCUGUUGAAUGUUUGAAGAUUCUGCAGUAUUCUCAGAAGUUGUGGGCGAGCAAGUGUUGAUUAUGAUACUCUGGUGUAGGUUAGAUUACAUUUUUCACAUUUCCAAGAAUAAGGGGAGUGAGAGAAGGAGCUCUUUGUCUAUCCGCCUGCUAAAUGGAAACCUAACGUUUCCUCGUGUAGUUUCACAAUAUUGGCAAUUGGAUGUUUGAGAGCGAAAUUUUGCAGUUCUUUGGUUAUUACACAGUGAGACAACUGUACUCCAUUCUUUUGUGAAGACUGAAGAAAUCUCACGGGGGAAUUAUAAGUAACAUGCUCUGAAGAAAGCAGGGUUUUUCUUGGUU